ACAAAAAGCCGCCGCUUUUCAUCACCGCCCUCCCCAGACAAAACCUCAAACCUCUCCACGUCGAACCUCUCGACCCAACUAGACUUCUUUUUUUUCUCCCCACUCAGUGUUUGUUCGCUGCUUCAAUUUCUAUCGUCACAAUGGCUGCUGCUCAGGUCACUCUCUCCGAGCCCAAGAAGCUCGAGGGAUUCUCUCUCUACUCUCGUUUCGCCCUCGCUGGUGCCGUCUGCUGCUCCGUCACCCACGGUGGUCUUACCCCCGUCGAUGUCGUCAAGACCCGAAUCCAGCUCGACCCUGCUACCUACAACCGUGGCCUUAUCGGUGGCUUCCGUCAGGUUAUUCAGAAUGAGGGUGCUGGCGCUCUCCUGACUGGUGCUGGUCCUACCUUUGCUGGUUAUUUCCUGCAGGGUGCCCUGAAGUUCGGUGGUUAUGAGUUCUUCAAGGCCCAGUUCGUCAACGGACUCGGUGCUGAGACUGCCUCCAACAACCGAACUGCCAUCUACCUGGCCUCCUCUGCCGCUGCUGAGUUCUUCGCCGACAUUGCCCUCUGCCCUCUUGAGGCCACCCGUAUCCGUCUCGUCUCUGAGCCCACCUAUGCCAACGGUCUCAUUGGCGGUUUCUCCAAGAUGCUCAAGAACGAGGGUGUUGGUGCCUUCUACGCCGGUUUCGGACCCAUUCUCUUCAAGCAGAUUCCUUACACCAUGGCCAAGUUCGUCGUCUUCGAGAAGGUUUCUGAGGCUGUCUUCCGCCAGUUCCCCAAGGAGACCCUCUCCGACGGCAUGCAGACCACCGCUAACCUGGGCUCUGGUCUGAUUGCCGGUUUCGCCGCUGCCAUUGUUUCCCAGCCCGCCGAUACCAUGCUUUCCAAGAUCAACAAGACCAAGGGUCUUCCCGGUGAGGGCACCACCUCCCGUCUGAUCAAGAUUGGCCGUGAGCUCGGUCUCCGUGGCUCUUACACCGGUAUCGGUGCCCGUCUUUUCAUGGUCGGCACCCUGACCGCCGGUCAAUUCGCCAUCUAUGGCGACCUCAAAAAGGCUAUGGGAGCAACAGGGGGGGUAGAGAUUGCCAAAUAAACGAGUUCUUCAUGUUCUGACGAUAUAAAAAUGGAGUUUGGAGAUGGAGGAGAAAAUGGAUCGAGAUUUCGGAGAGGGGGCAGCUAUUACGGUACUGCCCAAGGGCUGGGCUUUCCUUGGAUUGCUGAGAGUUUCCCGAUUACACAUAGAAGGGAACAGUCUCAUUUUCGACCAGGACCUUUGAGAAAUUUGGUUUCUUGUUCGAUUGUUUGGCCGGGUUGAUGAAGCGGCCCUAGAAACAGGCGCUGGUAUACAUCUCUUGAUUGCCUAGAGUAGAGUAUAGAGUCGGCAGACCACUGGCAUCCCCGCUAUGGGUUGUAUAAUAGUCAAUCUUCUUGCGUUAUCAAAUAGACUUGGUUUUCUGGCCAUAC